AUGUCAAACGACAAGAACGCCGUCCCCAUCUCUGUUCUCUCGGAGGAUCCGAAGGAAAAGAAGGCCAAUGAAAAGAGGAAUCGCGACACGGAGUCGCUGAAGCUGAGCGAGGAGGACGAGCGCAUCAAGAGCCAGGUGGAACUUUUGGUCACACGGGCUGGUGACAGCAACCCGGCGCUAGCUGCCACAGCGAUCCAGCAGCUCGUAGAGUUGCUGCGAACACACACUGGAGGGAGCGUGGCCUCUGUUCCUAAGCCACUCAAGUAUGUGCGGUCCAUGUACGCGCAGCUGGAAAAGGUCUUGAAGGAUACAACAGACGCCUCUGUUGCUGUCAGACUUCAUGAUGUUCUUUCAUUUGUUGCCAUGACGAUCGAAUUUCCUGACGGGCGACGUGCCUCACUGGAGCAUAAGCUUCAAGGGACUCAAGAUGACUUGGCAGAGUGGGGGCACGAAUACCUUCGCUUCCUUGCCGGCUCCAUCAGUGCGGAGUGGAAGGAGCGCACCGGAAAGGCGGAGGGCGUCAACCACCUGACGGGCUUUGUGCAGCAAAUUGUCAGUUACAUGGUGUCGCAUCAGGAUGAACCCACAGCUGUGGACCUCCUGAUGGAAGUGGAGGACAUGAAUGCCAUAUUGCCGCUUACGGACAGCCAUAACUACAGGCGUAUUGCUAGCUAUUUGGCUGCUGUUAGCAAAUACCUGACACGUCCCAUGGAUACAGCAGCGCUCCGAGCGGUUUACGACGUUUAUCUUAAGAUGGAAUCGUACAAUGAGGCGUUGUUUGUAGCACUACAGCUGGGUGAUCGGGGACUUGUGAGGGAACUCUUUGAAAAGUGUCAUCGUGCCGCCCUGCGUCUUCAAAUGGCACUAACGUGCGCGCGCUAUAGGCUUUAUCUGGAGAUGGAUAAUGAAGAGGAGGAACUGCUCAAUGAAGCCAUGGGUAAUAUGCGUCUUUCGCAACUAUACCGCCAUGCAGCGGAGGAUUUGGAUUCAAUGGCUCCAAAGAGUCCAGAGGAUAUUUUUAAGACAGGAAUGGAUGGACAGGAGUUAACUACCUCCAGUGAUAGUUCGUUUAAGCUGGUGUGCGCUUUUGCCAGUGGCUUGGUAAACUGCGGGUUUGGCAAGGACACAUACCUUACCGAGAAAAAUGCUUCAUGGCCGUACGAACAAACUGAAAAUCGCCUCAUUGCGACGACAGCCAUGCUGGGACUUAUUCACCUUUGGGAUCACGCGGAAGGUCUGCAAGAGAUCUACAAGUACUUUUACUCGGAUGCCGCCAACAUUAAGGCUGGGGCUUGUCUUGCCGCUGGGGUGGCGAUGUGUGGUGUAACAAAUCCCUUUGAUCCUGCCUUGGGGCUCCUUUCGGAUUGUGUUGGUUCUCCACAGAAGGAGGUGAGUAUUGGUGCCAUCCUUGGCCUUGGGUACGCAUAUGCCGGGACUCAGAGGGAGGAUGUCAGAGAACUGUUGAUGCCUAUUCUGGUGGACACUGAGCAGUCACUAGAGGUGCAAUGCAUGACGGCCUUUGCACUUGCAAUGGUGUUUGUUGGGUCGGCAGAUGAGGGCCUUACGGAGACGAUGGUGAUUUCUCUCAUGGAGUUUGCGGAGGAGCAAUUAAAAGAUCCAGCAAUCUGCUAUUUGAUUUUAGCGGUGGGUUGCCUGGUGCUCGGCAAGCAGGAGGUGGCUGACACACUUCUUGAUGCCACACAGACACUCUCGCCAAUUAUUCGACGAUACACAGAAAUUGUGGUGCGCAGCUGCGCCUAUGCGGCGACGGGAAAUGUGGUGGUUAUUCAAAACUUUUUUCACGCUAUUGCCGAAACAGAGGAGGCGGAUGAGCCUCUGGAAGACGCGGAAGGCGGUACAGAGAGUAAGACAAAGCCCGUCGAUAAGCCGACACCCUUAAACCACAAGGCUGCCGCUGUUCUCGGGAUUGGACUGGUAGCCCUCGGGGAGGACAUUGGGGUGGAGAUGGCCAAGCGGUCCGUCAUUCAUGCCCUUCUUGUGGAUGCGGUCAGUAAGGCUGGGUCAAACGUCUCGGGCAGGCACGCAAUCCCCUUGGCAUAUGCGCUACUCUCCGCCUCCAACCCGAGUAUGACUGUUGUGGAGACGCUGAAUCGUCUUUCGCAUGACAGCGAUGCACUGACAGCACUCAACGCUAUUUUAGCUUUGGGAAUCGUCUCAGCUGGAAGCAACAACGCCCGCGUCGCAAGCAAACUACGCAAUUUGGCCUCAUACUAUCACAAGGAACGCUUUCCACUUCAGCACUUUUCUGUUCGUCUGGCGCAAGGCUUGACGAUGAUGGGGAAGGGUCACCUGACACUAUCUCCACUGCUUAAUGACCGCACGCUGGUGUCGCCGACGGCACUAAUGGGACUUCUUGGUUUUCUUCACAGCGCAUUAUACUGCGACAAGACGAUUCUAGGCAAGUAUCAUUACAUGCUGCUUACCCUUGCGCCGAGCAUCAGUCCCCGUAUGGUGCUAGCCGUCGAUGCAAUGAUGGAGGUAUGCAAGGAUGGGGUGCAGGUACGCGUGGGGCUCCCUGUGGACACGGUAGCGGUGGCCGGAAAGCCAAAAGCAAUCACGGGAUUCCAGACCCACACCACCCCUGUGCUGUUAAGCGCCACGGACAAGGUUGAGGUGGCGUCCGCAAAGCAUCAAGCCGUCACGACCGUUAUUGAGGGUAUCUUUGUCGUGGAGGAGAAACCAAAUGUGGAGUAG